AUGGCUAAUAAUCUUUCACCAGGUUUCUUUUUAGAAGAACUUAACAAGUAUAGUCAGAAACACAAUGUAGUCCUUAAGUACUAUGAGCUGUCUAACACAGGGCCUCCACAUGACUUAAGGUUUACGUUCCAAGUUAUAAUAGAUGACAGAAGAUUUCCAGCAGCUGAAGGUAGAACAAAGAAGGAAGCAAAAAAUGCUGCAGCUAAAAUGGCCAUUGAAAUUCUUAAUAAAGAAAAUAAGGUCAUUAGUUCUCCAUCACUGCCAACAACAGACACUUCAGAAGGGUUGUUAAUUGGGAAUUACAUAGGUCUUAUCAAUAGUUUUGCCCAGAAGGCAAAACUCUCUGUAAAUUAUGAACAAUGUUUUAAGAAUGAAUUGGAGCCUGAGGUCAAAAGAUAUCAUUAUCGGUGCCAAAUUGGACAGAAAAGAUAUGGUAUUGCUUCUGGUUCUACUAAACAGGAGGCAAGACAAUUUGCUGCUAAACUUGCGUAUGAUAAGAUAACAGCAGAAAAAGCAUCAAUGAAAUCUAACUCAGUAACCUCUGGUUCUUACCUGAUUUCGCCCAGCGACGACAGUAGGAUUUCUUCUGUGACAUGUGAUUUUGAAUCAUCAACCCAAAAUGGAAUAACAGCACCUGUAUCAGAACAAAAGGACAACCAAGACAGUUUAAAAGAUUUUUCUUCAUCUUAUCAGAUGAGUCCCAGAAAUAAUCAAAGGAUUAUAAAAAGAAAUUUGGCACCUAAAUUUAAUUGUCUAGAGGCAGAUGAAAAGAAGUAUAGCAAGCAUACUGUGAACAGCAGGUUUGUUAUGGAUUUUGAAGAAAUAGAACCAAUUGGCAAAGGUGGAUAUGGCCAAGUUUUCAAAGCAAAACACAGAAUUGAUAAGAAGACUUAUGUUGUUAAACGUGUUAAAUAUAAUAAUGAGAAAGUAGAGCGUGAAGUAAAAGCAUUGGCAAAUCUUAAUCAUGAAAAUAUUGUUCACUACCAUUGUUGUUGGGAUGGACAUGACUAUGACCCAACUGAAAGCAGGAAUAAUUCAAGGUCAAAGACUAGGUGUCUUUUCAUCCAAAUGGAAUUCUGUGAUAAAGGGACAUUGGAUCAAUGGAUCGAAGAAAAAAGAACCAAGAAAUCAGACAAAGAUUUGGCUUUGCAUUUAUUUAAACAAAUCACAACAGGAGUAGCUUAUAUACAUUCAAAACAGUUGAUUCAUAGAGACCUUAAGCCAGGUAACAUAUUUUUAGUAGCUAUAAAUCAAAUAAAGAUUGGAGACUUUGGACUUGUAACAGCCUUAGAAAAUGAUGAAAAGCGAACAGCUGACAAGGGAACGGUCCGGUACAUGAGCCCAGAACAGCUGUCGUUUCUAGACUAUGGAAAUGAAGUGGACAUCUUUGCUUUGGGGCUGAUUCUUGCUGAACUUCUUCACAUAUGUAUUUCUGUUCAGGAAACAUUCAAGAUUUUUGAGGACCUAAGGAACGGUAUCUUCUCAGAUAUAUUUGAUGCCCAGGAAAAAACUCUUCUAAAAAAAUUACUUGCAAAAGAACCCAAGAGACGAAUUCAGGCACCUGAAAUACUGACGAUCUUGAGUGAGUGGAAGAAUGGCCCAGAGCAAAAGAAGCUAAACACAUAUUAG